GCGACCAAGUCUUUUGUGUGUCCGGGUGAAUGAUUUUACGCUCCCUAUCGACUCACAACACAGUUUCGGAUGUGGAUUGAGGUGGUACGUUGCUAUUGUGGCUUGUCCAAAGAAUUUGGUGCGGCCGCCACUGAGAGGUUCUUGCCAAGCAACGCCAUACUUGACUCAAAAAGGAUCUUUCUGCUCGUUCCUCGCACUGGGUUAACUUCUUGCAAUCACCUCACAUUCAAGCCACAGUCAAUACAUGGAGUCGUCAUCGCAACCAUCGAAAGCGCCCCAGAAGAACAAAAAGUCUGGAUCUCCGAAGAACAACCAAGGGCGUAAAGGGAGCGGCGGACAGGUCUCUUCCAAAUUACGAGGAUUUCCUCAGGAUUCCCCUGAAGUGCGGAUUUCGAAGACGUUAUCGUAUAUUCUGCGGCACGGAGCGCAGAAGGAAGGGAUUCCCAUGCGGGAAGAUGGCUAUGUCAAGGUCACUGAUCUCAUCUGGCUACUACUGCAGGGUAUUGUCAAAGCAGAUGCUAAGCAGCGGUAUGACUUGAUCUGUGAACUGAAUCAGAUAUCAGAUGAAAGCGUUUGGUGGAUCAAGGCCAACCAGGGUCAUACCAUGAAGGAUGUAAAGCUGGAGCUGAAGCCAGUGUUAUCGGUGUCAAAUAUUCCCUCCGGGGUUGCUGUCCAUGGAACGGAUAUCAAAGCUUGGGAAAUUAUUUCCACUGAGGGCCUGUCCAAAAUGAAGCGUAAUCAUAUACAUCUCGCCCAAGGCCGUGAUGCUGUCAGUGGCAUGCGCAAGACCUCCAAGGUUAUUAUAUAUAUUGACGUCCAAAAGGCACUCGAUGCGGAUAUCAAGUUCUUCCUUUCGGAUAACGGGGUUGUCCUCACCGAGGGCGAUGAACGGGGAUUCUUACCAGUGCGGUUCUUCUCAAAAGUGGAGGAUGCCAACGGGGUGCCUUUGAAGGGUUGGCCGGUUACUGCAUGACCCGAUGUCCCAUUGAGUGGUAUUAACUCUCACGGUACUUUCUGGCGCGCGUGUUGAAUUUACUUGUCGU